AUGUUGUUAGAACCGGAGGACACAUUUGACAGCGACUACCGAGUUCAUCUCGCAACGACAACCGAACGGAGCUUGAGAGAACUACUCAUCGCUUUUCCGAGACGAUACACAGGUCUGUUUCAUCUCAGCGAAAAGUGGAUAGAAAACAGAAUCCACGAUGUUUUAGAAGGGGACGUAAUUCAGACCGAUGUCGGUUCUUUCUAUCGGGGCAUCAAACGCGGCAGCAGCACACGAGCGGAACAACGAACUGUCUCUAAACGGAAGGAUAUAAUAGUAUCACAUAUUCGCAAAUUAGCCUCUCUGAAGGGGAAACUUGAACACUCCGAAUUUAUCAUUGAAGGACAUCUGAUAGUAGAACGAGCAGUGGAAGACGGACUUCCGAUCGAAACACUUCUCUACACCACCGGAUUUGUGGCAACACCCGAAGGGAAAUCUCUGCUCAAGCGGGCAGCAGCAGAAAACCUAUCUUUUUAUCAGGGCAUAGCAUUUAGACUGAGAUUUAGCAUAGGCAAAGAAGGAAAAUCGCAUUUGAGAUCAAAUUGGGUUCUUAACUACUUUCACGAGGUAUUGAAAAAGCACCAUGCUGGUUAUUUCGUUUUAAUUGAUCCGGAGCAGUGUGAAAUCGAAAAAUGCGUCAAACUUGCGCGCGAAAUUGAGAAAGCGGGUGCAGACGCAAUUUUGCUCGGUGGCAGUUUUUUAACGAACGAUUUGCACCCCAUCGCGAAAGCACUUAAGCAGGAAACAGAACUCCCACUGGUGCUAUUCCCGGGCGAUUCGAUGCACCUCACUCCCCACGCUGAUGCGAUUCUGUAUAUCAGUCUCAUAAGUGGACGCAACCCGAACUAUCUCAUUGGCGAACAGGUCAAAGCGGCACCGUGGAUACAACGUUACGCGCUUAAACCCAUUCCAACUGGCUACAUGCUGAUUGAAGGCGGGAACAAAACCGCUGUUGAAUUUAUGAGUGACACAACACCCAUCCCACGCGAUAAACCCGACAUUGCGGGACCCCAUGCAUUGGCGGCAGAGUAUCUCGGUAUGCAGAUGGUAUAUCUGGAGGCAGGAAGUGGUGCUGUGCACUCUGUCCCAGAGGAAAUGAUCACAACAGUGAAAAAUCAAAUCAGCAUCCCACUCAUCGUCGGUGGCGGCAUCCGCACACCAGAAAUUGCCGCUAAAAAGGUAGAAGCAGGUGCUGAUUUCAUCGUCACAGGUAACAUUCUCGAAGAAAACGGAUCCCUCGAACUGAUGAGGGCAUUCGCUAACGCCGUUCACGGCUAA